CAAUUAUCUCCGUCAGGCUAGCAAGCCCGUGUUCUCCACUCCUUGUGCAUCAUGUUGGCAUAGCUUCUACAUAUUACACGCUACGUCGUCCACGAGCUCGUCUCUUCGAACAGAGAUAAUUCAUCUGUCUGUUUGUUCGUUAUUGUCAACUCCCAUCAUACUAUACAAUAUGAGAUCAUGUCAAAGAGUGCUCGUUGUAGGAGCCGCCAGCUUCAGUGGGCUUCGAAUUCUUGAACACUUUCUUGAUGCAGGUCUGCCGGUACGCGCAAUGGUUUCUUCGCCAGAGGAAGUUGAGAUUGUGGAAAAUGCCUUCCCCGCUUCUCAAUACCGACUUUUGGAUUCCGAUAUCAGGAUAGGAAUGGACCGGAUGGCUUUAGAAGCUGCCUUGACUAGGACCAUUACACCCUUCGACACUGUUGUCUAUGCUCUAUCGCCGACGUCAACACUCAACACAGCCGAUACAUAUCGAAGUCUUAUCAAUGCAGCUACCGCAUCGAUCGCAGCCUUGCUGCUUACUGUGAAGGUGGCUGCUCCAAGAGUCACGAAUGUCAUAAUCUCGACAACUACAAGCUUGGUUGGGAGCUGGAUCCUCCACAAUGAGCUUCCGAGCCAAGCUAUCUUUGAAAAGCAUCGAGACGGCGGAGAUCCAACACAUUUAGGCGAAGUCUGCUCCGAUGACUACAUAUCAGCUUGCAACGCAGGGCUGGAGCUAAUUGAAGAAGAUCUGAGGGCGUUCAUGGUCAGGCAAAAGCCUCAUUUUUCUUUGACUACUCUCAUAGCACCUUCAAUAUAUGGACCUCAUCUACAAACAAUUGGACGUGGCAGUCUCGGAGACGAUUGGCAUGGUGCAUCCAACUCCUGUGACGAAUUAGCAGAAAGCAGCGCACAAUACCUCGACGUCAGGGAUUUCGCGUCUGCUCACGUAAAGGCCGCUGUAAUCCCCUCAGCACGAGGCGGUACUUUUACCUUGUGUACUGGCCAAGUAAUUUCUUGUCGCCAGUCUAUGGGGGAAGCAAUCGCAGAUAUCUUGAAACGAACGAGACGGUGCAACGAUAGGACAUUCUCUAGAUCGCACUCACUCGCGCACUCCAACGAGAUCGUGACGAGCACAUUAGCAUUCCGUCCUCGGUAUCGCAGUCAACCAAAUGACCCAGUCCCGGAACCGCCGAAGUCGUCACACAAGCACCAGUUCCAACCCAAACACGAUGCUUCCUCGCUGGGAUAUGCAUGUCCGACUAAUGCGCCAACCCCGGACUCCGGACGCGACCAUAAAAACCACCAACAUACCGCCGCCUUCACAUCCUCGUCGCCAUUAGAGUCACACUCAGACCCUGAAAGCACCUCGUUACCAUCGCCCCAAUUUAGACGACACAGGACUCGUGACUCUGGCAUCGACCUCGCCCCGAUAUGGAUUCCCAAUGCUGAUGUGUCCCCCAUGACAUUACCCAUCGGUGUCUCGCAUACAAAGUGCAGCAUUGACAGUCCAGCCACCGCCUGCCCAUGGCCAGACGCGGACCGAAUACGGCAGCUGUCUUAUCAAGAUACCGAGCGGAUGCAGGUGUCAGACGUUGACAUGUCCGACGCAUGCAGGCCGGCUCCGCUACUCCGUGCAUAUAUGCCUGCCGAUCGCGCAGCCAGCCCCACCGAGCGCGGAUUCCGAGGAAAUGCAGAAUCAGCCUCGUCGGGCAGCGAUGCCGCUGCCAUUGCUGCGACGACCCAUGUAGACUUUGACGUUGCAAAAAUGAAAGAGCUCGUGGCAGAGAGAGCGGCGGAUCUGUUGGGCGAGCCGGACGAUGUCGAGAUGUGGGACUCGUCGACUGCGGCGGAUGUCCUUGGUAUGGAUGAGUAUCGGAGUGUGGAAGAGACGCUCUUGCAUGUUGCGAUGCAGAUGAUGUAGGGUUUGGUUGGGUAGAUUCGUGCCUUCUCUGCUUCGCUGUACAUUUCUUCUUUCAACGUCUAUACUUCAGUUCAGCCUAUUGAAAGGUGCGAGAGUUGAACUCCCAUCGUCAUAUAAGGAUCGCUUCAGUUCAUGUUUCUUGUUAUAUUCUGCAUUUAUGCCUCUCAAGAUAUCAUCACAUCUCACUCUACUACUCUCUUAAUGGUCUCUACUACUACUUUCCUCUUGGUGUUGUUGUUCGUCUCCCUUGC